AUGGCUCAGAACGACGCUCUGCAGGAUAUCCUGCACCUUGAACUCGCCAAUGCGCUGCACAUCAGCACUGAGGAAUUGAGCCUCGACCAAUCAUUCCUCGUCCAAGGUGGAGAUUCCCUCUCAGCCGUUCAGUUCCUGAGUAAAUGUCGUCUGCGCGGUAUUCACAUCGACAUCGUGGAUACAGUGCAGUGUAAGACACUUGCUGAACUUGUUGAACGCAUCAUCUCCAAGCAUGAGAGCAACCCACAUAAUCUCAUCCUCAACGACCGCAUCGGGAACAGCGAUACAAGCACUUCUUCAUCGAGCUCUGACGAUGCUGCUUCUGCUUCGGGUUCUGAUAGCACUGAUACUAUUCCCGAUGCGAGAUUGAAGCAUUUGGCUCAAGAUCCUGCGAGACAGAUUGAGAGUAUCGGUCCCUGCUCGUCAAUGCAGAAUCGAAUUCUUAUCAGUCAGGCUGUGAACCCAGCUGCGUAUCAAUGUCGCUUUAUUCUCAGGAUCAAAUCGAGUGUACCAGACUCUUUGACCGCUUCACAUAUUGCGAAUGCUUGGCCCCGCAUUGUUGCUCGUCACUCAAGUCUUCGAACGACGUUUCUGGAGAGUGAGACUCGUCAGUCAACGUUUGACCAAGUUGUCUGGACAGAAGUCCACCCCAAAGUCACCAUCCUCCAAGACGAAACCCAAGUCAAGGCCGAUGGCAUGCUUAACACAUUUGAAAGCGGAAGUGUACCUCACCACAUGUACAUCUACGCCGCCUCCCCUUCAGAACUCAUCUUGAGACUUGAAGUCUCCCACGCCGUCAUCGACGGUCGAUCCGCAGAUGUUCUUCUCUACGACCUCUGCGCAGCAUACGAGAACCAACUCCCUGACACAAAAGCCAUGCCUUACACAGACUUUGUGCGCAUGGAGGAGGAGAGUUUUCAAGAUGUUGAGCGCAUUGCAGAUUAUUGGCAGAAUUACCUACGUGAUGCUGAAGAGACGUAUCUCGCAGGCGUGGGCAACAAGCCAAGGGCUGGUCUUCACACUCUCCAAGACCGGGUUGACAUUCCUGCUGACGAAGCUCGUCGCUUCUGUGACGCUUACGGUGUUACGCUCGUGAGUGUUUGUCAAGUUGCUUGGAGCAUUGUUCUUCGUCUCUUCGCCAUGAAAGACGACGUCACCUUUUCCUACGUCAAUUCUGGUAGACAGACUGAUCUGCCUGGUAUUGAUGGAGCAAUCGGUCUCUUCAUCAGCAGUUUGCUACUGCGGGUGAAGUUUAAAGACGACCCUACGGUCUUGGACAUGCUCAAGACAGUGACAGACGAUGUCUUCAGAGGAAUGGCACACGACAAGGUUCCUCUUAUGGCGAAGGGAGCUAAGCUUCCUACGAGCCACAAAUGGGGUAACUCGAUUCUUUCCUUCCGAAAGGAGUGGAAGCCGAAAUCUACCGGACACAAGGAGCUUGAGAUGAGCUUUUUGCGAGGCGUUAGCCCUACAGAUUAUGAUCACUCUAUCAAUGUCGAGAUUGGCGAAGGCGGCAUCGCCGUUGACUACGACAUCUGGACAUCAACAACCAACCAAGCAGACGCCGCCAAGAUGCUAACCUGCUUCCUCGAAGCAAUCCGCUUCAUAAUGGCCAACCCAUCAGCAAAAGUCAAUUCCUUCGACGGUAUCUCCUCCAAAAACGCCCAACAUCUGCGCGACGUCAAUGGAGAAGGCCGACAACCCGUCGCCUCAUGCAUACACACGCUGGUUCAAGAGGUGACAGACCUUCAGCCCGAUGCCAUGGCAGUGCAUGCAUGGGACGGAACCAUGACGUAUCGAGAACUCGAUGCUGCGGCUAGUAGUCUUGCAGAACACCUGAUGAAGCUGCAGAUUGGACCGGAGGUUAUGGUGGGCAUUUGUAUGGACAAGUCGCGGUGGGCGGCUGUUUCUAUGCUUGCUGUUCUAAAGUCUGGCGGAAUCGUUCUCCCCCUCGGAGCAGACCAGCCACUCUCUCGCCUCCAAACAAUCCUCUCCGACACCAAAGCGCCCAUCAUCCUCGUCGACAACGCUCAACUCGAGCGCCUCAAGGAUCUCGGCCCUCAACAACUCAUCCAAGUCAACGAAGCCCUCUUCCAAGCCCUACCCUCCGCCUCUCGUUCCGCUUGUACAACUGUUUCUACAGACAACGCAGCUUGGGUCGUCUACACGUCGGGUAGCACGGGUGCUCCAAAAGGCGUGGUUCUCCAACACUCCGCCCUCUGCACCAGCAUUACAUCCCACGGAACUGCAUUUGGCGUCAGGGGCGCGCGCGUUUUGCAAUUCGCUUCUCAUACGUUUGACGUGACGAUCCAAGAGAUCUUUACGACGUUGUGUAUGGGAGGCUGCGUCUGCGUGCCCUCAGAAGAUGAUCGCGUUAACCAUCUCCAAUCCUUUAUUUCCUCCGCCAAAGUGGACUUCCUCUCGCUAACUUCCACUGUCGCCGGCCUUCUGGAUCCAUCUCAACUUCCGUUAAUCAAGACUGUAAUCCUCAUGGGCGAGCCCGUCAAACCCGCCGUUCUCGAUCUCUGGAAAGACCAAGCCUCUGUUCUUGAAUCCUACGCCCCAUCUGAGUGCAGUAUCUACGCUACUGUAUCCCCCCAGCCUAUGAAGCACAUCUCUCAGGUCUCUGUUCUCGGCGUCCCGCUGGCGAGUUGUUUUUGGGUCGUUGACCCCAAGAAUUACAAUCGUCUUUGUCCGAUUGGCGCGCCGGGAGAACUUCUCAUCGAAGGGCCGCUUCUUGCGAGGGGGUAUUUGAACGAUGAGGCCAAGACGAACAAGUCGUUUAUUGUUGAUCCGGAGUUUGUGGCCAAGUAUGAUCUUGGAAGGAAUCGUCGGAUGUACAGGACUGGUGAUUUGGUGAGACAGAAUGAUGAUGGGUCUUAUACGACGCUUGGGCGACAGGAUACGCAGAUCAAGAUCCGUGGACAGAGGGUUGAGGUUGAUGAGAUUGAGUAUCACAUCACUCGCCAUCCUUCUUGCAUUCAGGCUGUUGUUCUGUACGUCCAUGGUCAGCUUGUUGCUGCGUUCAGUCUUCCCAGCGAUGGUGCUGCGUACAGCGGUGCAGCGUUGGAUGGGGAGAAUGCCGUUGACAAACCAGCUGCCAUGCUUGUCGCUUCCGAAGUCCAGCUCUAUCUGUCGCAGUACGUUCCAGAUUACAUGAUUCCUCGACUCUGGAUCCCCAUGGCGAGCUUGCCCAUAAAUUCAUCCGGCAAGGCUGAUCGACGUCGCAUUUCCGAAUGGAUCAAGAAUCUCGACCUGUCAUCUUAUUCUGACCUGGAGCAUCAAGUCGAAGAUGGUCUUCAGGUGACUUCCACAGAGCGACAGCUCCGAGAGAUCUGGAGCAGUGUUCUGAACAAGCCCAUCAAUCACAUCAGCUACCGUCGCUCAUUCCUCUCUCUCGGCGGCGACUCCAUCACAGCGAUGCAGGUCGUUUCAGCCUGUCGCAAACAAGGCUUGAUCGUAACUGUGCGACAAAUCCUUCAAAGCCCUGCCAUUUCUGAACUUGCACUGCGCGUCAAAGAGGCGAGCGGCAACAUUGGCGACGAGCAACUCCCCAUUGAGAUCCCCGAUGAGCCUUUUGAUCUUUCACCCGCGCAAAAGAUGUUCUUCCAAGACAUCGCUCCCUCAGGUCUCCGAGCCGAUGGGCCCCAUCGCUUCAAUCAAAGCGUCUGCUUCCGCAUUUCUCAAAACGUCGCGUCCAACACUGUUGCUCGAGCGAUUGAAGCAAUCGUCACCAAGCACGCUAUGCUUCGCGCCCGCUUCCAGACUGAUCAAGACAGUAGUCAAGGCUGGCAGCAGCGCGUGGAGAAGCAGAUCAUGGGAUCUUAUCGUUUCCAGACGCACAAGGUCAGCGAUGAUGCUGUGACAGAGGAUAUCAUCCGUCAUUCACAAGGUUCGUUGGAUCUUGAGUAUGGACCUGUUUUCGCUGUUGAUGUCUUCGAGAUGGAGGAUGGUCAAUUGAUCAAUUUGACUGCGCAUCAUCUUGUCAUUGAUCUCAUGUCUUGGAGAAUUCUUGCGGCCGAUCUUGAGCAUUUCCUGCGCUUUGAGACAUUGCAGCCUUCGUUGUCGCUGCCUUUCCCUACUUGGUCCAAGGCGCUUAUGAACCAAGUCAAGACUGUUGCUGCUGCAGAGGAGAGCGAUGUUGACUCUUGGUCGUACUGGAGUCUUGAACCUGGUUCUUUUGUGCGCGAAGACCAGGUCGUUGAGACUCUGGCUAUUGAUCAAGACGUUAGCGCUCAAUUGCUAGGCCCUGCCAAUGAGUCGCUGCAAACUGGUGUCACAGACAUUCUUCUCGCUGCUCUGCACCAGUCUUUCGCGGAUGUCUUUACCGACCGAUCAGCCCCGACAAUCCACGUUGAAGGUCACGGACGAGAUGCAGGCGGUGAUGUCUCCGAGACCGUUGGCUGGUUUACCACCGUCACACCUCUCAAGGUCACAGACACAACCAGAACUGGCUUCAUCUCCAUUCUCCAACAAGUCAAAGACUUCCGCAAACUCAACGCCGAUAACACUGCCCUUGAGUUCGCAGCCCAGUACAAGUCCUCUUCCACCGCCAGCAAAUCUCCCCAGAACCUCAUUGAGAUCCUCUUCAACUACCACGGUCAAUUCCAACAACUCGAUCGCGCAGAUGGUCUUCUCAGUAUUCACAAGCUCCAUUCUUCUGAAACUUCCAUUGGCGACAAAGUACGACAACAAGCCGCCAUCACAAUCGAAGUAUCCGUCGAUGCGGGGCGUGUCAACAUCAGUGUAGGUUUUAGUCGUCGUACCCCCAAGGGCGAUGAUGUUCGACAAUGGUUACAGCGAUAUGGAGAGGUUAUUACCUCUGCGGUAAGUGAACUAAUGUCUACAGAACGAACCGCCACAGCGAGCGAUUAUCCACUCUCGCAUUUAAACAACACCGACCUUGUUUCGUUGAAGAAGCACAUUCUGGAACCGACUAACAUUUCCUGGGAUGCUGUUGAGGAUAUCCUGCCUUGUUCUUCUACACAGCAGGGUAUUUUCAUCAGUCAGCUCAAAUCGCCGACAACAUACCGACUGAGACAGACAUGCCGCGUCCUACCAACAGACUCGCAGAGUGUUGAUGUGAAGAGACUCGGCGAUGCGUGGCGACAAGUCGUCAGCAAUCACUCCAUCAUGCGCACCAUCUUCACCAUGGUUCCCUUCAACGAUAGGUUCUACCAAGUUGUUCUCAAGUCCGUUGAGCCAGACAUUCGCUUCAUUACUUGCGCUACAGAGACAGAGGUUCAAGAGUGCAUUGCCAGUCAUGCGCUUAUGGAGGAUCAUCUUGGUCGACCAUCACAUCGCUUCUUGGUCAUCUCAACAGAAGAUGGUCAUGUCUACGGUCAUUUCGAGAUCAGCCAUGCAUUAGUUGACGCAUCAUCUGUUCAACUUCUCGUCAACACACUCCUCCAAGCCUACGAGGGAUCGUCGGAUAUUUCCGGCUCUGACUAUGGUACCUACAUCUCUUUCCUAGAGCAAGGUUCUGAGGAAGAUGAUCUGCGCUACUGGGAGAAGCGUCUUGCCACCGUUGAACCCUGCCAACUCCAACUCGGCGAAGACCUGUCUUCCUCUGAAGUCGCCCAAGACCAUUCCGUUUCCACCGCAAUGCAAGACAUGACCACCCUCCAGAAACUCUGCCAAUCCAACGACAUCACCCCAGCCAACGUCCUCCAACUGGCCUGGGCUCUCGUUCUCUCCUCCCGCACACAACUCGAUGAGGUCUGCUUCGGCUAUCUCUCCAGCGGCCGAGACAUUCCUAUCGACGGGGCAGAAACCCUCGUUGGACCGAUGAUCAAUAUGAUCGUCUGUAAUAUUGCGCUUGACUAUUCUCAAAGCUGCAUUGAUGCGAUGAAGGAUAUACAGGAUCGCUUCCUCGAUAGCUUUGAGCACCAGCGCGUGUCUUUGGCUACUAUUCAGCAUUCUUUGUCAAGUUCACAGCAGUCUCUGUUCAAUACGACUGUGUCUUACGUUCGAGCUCCGAACCUGAGUGGUGGUGCGCGCAAUAUUCAGUCUAUUCGCUUGGAGAGGAUUGCGGCUGAUGAGUCGACCGAGUAUGACUUCAAUCUCAGUAUGUUGGAGACUGAGAGCGGUAUCGACAUUACUUUGCAGUAUCUCACCGGCGUCGUUUCAACAAAGACUGCUCAGCGUCUUCUCAAUCACCUCAAGCAUGUUGUACAGGUUCUUAGCACCAGCGACACGACCUCUCUACUCGGCCAUCUAGAUCUCGUCCCAGCUGAAGACAAGAAAGCCAUCACCGCCAUUAACCGCGAGGUCCCAAAGUCUCUAGACUCUUGUGUCCAUCUCCUCGUCCAAGAAAUGUCCAACCGCCAACCCAACGCUCUCGCCCUCCAAGCAUGGGACGGAUCGAUGACCUACCACGAACUCGACCUAGCCGCUAGUACUUUAGCCAAGCACUUCAUGACGAACCUCAACGUCGGGCCAGAAGUGAUGGUCGGUAUCUGCAUGGAUAAGUCCAUCUGGGCGGCCAUGUCAAUGCUCGCAGUCCUCAAAGCCGGCGGUGUCGUUCUUCCCCUUGGAGUCCAACAGCCUCUUUCUCGACUUCAGACUAUCUUGAACGAUACAAAAGCUUCUGUUAUCCUCGUUGACGGCAAGCAGAAAGCUCGUCUUGCAGGUGUUGACUCAGAGCUCAUUGAAGUCAACCGACAUUUCAUGGAUGGUCUCAUCCCCGCUGAAUUCGGGUUCUCAAACCCUGCCGUGCAGCCUGACAAUGCAGCUUGGGUGGUUUACACUUCUGGAAGCACUGGUGUGCCUAAGGGUGUUGUGUUGCAGCACUAUGCGUUGUGUACUAGCAUGCGAUCGCAUGGUGCAGCGUUCAGCCUUGUUCCUUCUUCUCGGGUAUUGCAGUUUGCGGCGUACACUUUUGACGUUACUAUCCAAGAGACGUUUACGACUCUUUACUACGGAGGUUGUGUGUGCAUUCCAUCAGAGGAGGAACGUCUCAAUGACCUGGAGGGAUGCAUCGUGUCUAUGGAUGUCAACUUCGUUUCGCUCACUUCAACAGUCGCUGGUCUUUUGUCGCCGUCUAAGAUGCCCCUUGUCAAGACCCUCAUUCUCAUCGGCGAGCCUGUCAAACCUUCUGUCUUGGAUCUUUGGAUGCCACAGGCAGCGUGCUUGGAUGCGUACGGACCUUCUGAGUGCAGUAUCCAGAGCGCCAUCUCCCCCGAACCAAUGACAGACCGUCGUCAAGCUAUGAUCUUGGGUACACCAUUAGAGUCUUGCCGCUUCUGGGUUGUGGACUAUCGCGACUUCAACAAGAUGUGCCCCGUUGGUGUACCAGGUGAACUCCUCAUUGAAGGUCCUCAUCUCGCACGCGAGUAUCUCAAUGACGCCACCAAGACUGCCAAUUCCUUCAUCACCGACCCUGCCUUCCUUGCCGACCUUGGUCUUGAGUCCAGUGGUCGCCGCAUGUAUCGCGCCGGUGACUUGGUGCGUCAAAACGACGAUGGAACAUACUCCAACCUGGGCAGACGCGAUCAACAGAUCAAGAUUCGUGGCAAGCGAGUCGAAGUCGGUGAGAUCGAGUAUCACAUCUCGCGACAUUCAUCUGGCAUUCGCGGUUGUGUCGUCUUUACGACCAGUGGAUCCAGCGAUGGUCAACUCGUCACAGCUUUCAGCGUCCCUCACGAUGACAAGGCUGCGCACGAUGAGACAGCGUACAACGGCAUCGCAGGUCGCGACGGGAUCGACACAACAGCUGCUCUGCUCCUCGCCUCCGAGAUUCAGAUGUAUCUCUCUCAGCAUAUUCCUGAUUACAUGAUUCCUCGUCUUUGGAUCCCAAUGACUACCCUACCCAUCAACUCCUCCGGCAAAGCUGAUCGCCGAGCUGUCACGGAGUGGAUCAACAGUCUCAGCCCAACAGAGCUUGCUUCCUAUUCUGAGCUUGAACACGCCGCUGAAGAAGCGAAUCUCAACGUCACACCCACGGAACAGAAGCUCCGCGAGAUCUGGAGCUCUGUUCUCAACGUCCCGAAUGUUAGCUACAGACGUUCUUUCAUGUCUCUUGGUGGUGAUUCCAUCACCGCAAUGCAAGUCGUCUCUGCGUGCCGUGAGAUUGGUCUCGCCAUCACCGUUCGCGACAUUCUUCAGAGUCCAGCUAUUUCCGACCUUGCAACACGCGUCAAGGCUAGUGAUGGCGAAGUCUUCUCUGCUGAGAUCCCAGACGGACCAUUUGAACUAUCGCCUGCUCAGAAGAUGUUCUUUGAAGAUAUUGCGCCGGCUGGAUUGAAGUCAGAAGGAUCUUGCCGGUUCAAUCAGAGCGUUUGCUUCCGUCUUCAAUCAGAGGGAAGCAUCAGCGAGGAGUCUGUCGCUAAGGCUAUUGAUGCUGUUGUGACAAAGCACGCCAUGCUCCGCUCUCGUUUCAUCUCUCAAGACCAAGGGUACCAGCAGCGAAUUGAGAAGCACGUCCCCGGAUCAUACAGGCUCAAGUCUCACAACGCCGUCGAUGAUACCGCCGUGCAAGCCAUCAUGCUUGAGUCACAGAGCACCCUCGACCUGGAACAUGGCCCUGUCUUUGCGGCCGAGUUCACCCAGACCCCAGAUCGCCAGCUUCUUUUCUUGACUGCACACCAUCUUGCCAUUGACCUGAUGUCGUGGCGAAUCAUCGCCAAGGACUUGGAGCAGAUUCUUCAAAGUGGUUCUAUGGUCACUUCGCAGUCUCUUCCAUUCCCGACGUGGAGCAAUGCCUUGCUGCAGCAGACCCAAUUAAUUGAGUCCGUCACCGACGCUGAGAACACGGCAUCGUGGUCUUACUGGGGUCUCCAGCCGGGCGAGUACAUCACAGAAGACCAGAUCUUUGAGAGUGUUCAAUUGGACGAGCAGGUCACUUCCCAACUUCUCGGCCCAGCCAACGAGCCCCUACGCUCAGGGGUCGCAGACAUCCUCCUCGCCGCCCUGUCAACCUCCUUCCGCCACUCUUUCACCGAUCGCUCCGGUCCAUCAAUCUUCAUCGAAGGCCACGGUCGCGACACUCAAGCUCUCGACGUUAGUUACGACCUCUCCGACACAGUGGGUUGGUUCACAACCGUCACGCCUCUCAACAUCAGCCAAGACGACACCAACUUCAUCUCCACUCUGCGACAAGUCAAGGAUCUUCGCAAAUUCAGCUCUGGCCGUGAAGUACUCGACUUUGCAGCCCAUCGCUCAGGACCUAUUGAAGUACUCUUCAAUUACCACGGCCAAUUCCAGCAACUUCAGCGCUCAGAUGGUCUUCUCACUCUUGACAAGCUGCAUCAGUCCGUUGGACAACUAAAUGCUUCUGUUGGUGGUAAAGUCCGACAACAUGCUGCUCUCAGCGUUGAAGUCUCAAUUGAUGAUGUGGGAAAGACUCAUCUCAUGGUUGGCUAUCCACGACAAAGUCCCAAGAGUCAAGCUAUCCGCGGUUGGCUUAGGGAGUACGCGCAGGCUAUUACGCAGGGUGUUCAAGAGUUGGUCGUUGCUGAGCCGAUGUGUACUAUCAGUGACUUCCCUCUCGCUCAAUUAACCAACGACGAUCUCAACACGCUGUACCAGUACUGUCUCAUGCCAGGUUCCAUCUCUUGGGCAAAUGUUGAGAACGUUCUUCCUUGUUCACCAAUUCAGCAGGGCAUUCUUCUCAGUCAAUUGAGAGCGCCUUCACGAUACCGCUUGAAGCAGACCUGUCGCAUUCUCCCUUCAGAUCCAUCAUCACCAGUUGACAUUUCACGACUUGCAAAUGCCUGGCGUCAAGUCGUUGGACAGCACUCAAUCAUGCGAACCAUCUUCACUGGCGCUUUGUCGCAUCACGAUCGCUUCUACCAAGUAGUUCUCAAGGCGCUUGACGUAGAUAUCCAGAUCAUUGAGCCAUGUUCCAGCGACGAGGAAGUUCAGCGAUUCAUCAAGCACCACGCCCUCCUUCACGAUCCCGUCGGCCACCCCUCGCACCGCUUCCUCAUCAUCCCUACCGUCGAUGGUCAUGUAUUCGGCCACUUCGAGAUCAGCCACGCGCUUGUCGACGCUUCUUCCGUCCAGCUUCUCGUGAACGACUUACUCCAGGCAUACGAGUCACUAUCCCCCACCAAGACAUCAAUCUCUCUGUCGCACAACUCCGAUUACAGCAGCUACGUCUCCUUCCUCGAGCAACACCGUCACUCCGAACAAGAAGAUCUCCAGUACUGGAAAGACCUUCUCGAGACUGCAGAGCCAUGCCAUCUCCAACUCGGCCAGCAACAACACGAUACCUCAGAGAUGGAAACAGGCCAUGCUGUCACAGCUCACAUCCCCGACAUCUCUGUCCUUCGCGACAUGUGUCGCAACUACAACGUCACCGCCGCAAACGUAGCUCAAUUAGCUUGGGCGCUGGUCGGUCGCGACAUUCCUAUCGAUGGUGUUGAGAGGCUCGUUGGGCCUAUGAUCAAUAUGAUGAUCUGCUAUGUACAAUUGGACUACAACGCCACGACUGUUGAUGUCAUCCGACAGAUUCAAGAUCGGUUCUUCAAAGGCUUUGAUCAUCAGCGUGCUUCUUUGGCGUCAAUUCAGCAUUCUCUUCAAGGAACGCAACAGCAGACGCUGUUCAACACUACCGUUUCAUACACCCGCGCGCUAAACAUGGACGGUGCGACAGAGAACAACUCCAUCAAACUUGAACGCGCGUCAGCCGAUGAAUCAACAGAGUACGACUUCAACCUAAGCAUUCUCGAAAACGACCAGACUCUCGAUCUCGUUCUUCAAUACAUCCCCGGUGUCGCCAGCCACGAAGUCGCCCAGCGUCUCCUCAACCAGCUCAAGCAUGUCAUCCAAGUCCUCAGCCAACAUACGACCUCCACCCUCGCCGGUCUCGACCUCGUACCAACGGAAGAGAAGCACGCUAUCGUCGCUAAGAACAGAGACGUCCCGGCACCCGUUGCUUCAACCAUCCACGCUUUAUUCCACGAGGUUUACCUCCGUCGACCAGAGGAGAUGGCUGUCUAUGCAUGGGACGGUGCCAUGACUUUCCGAGACUUGGAAGCCGCCGCUGGCAAUCUAGCUGGUUAUCUCAUGGAUCUCGGUGUAGGUCCAGAGAUCAUGGUUGGUAUAUGUAUGGAUAAGUCAAGAUGGGCCGUUGUCGCGAUGUUGGCUGUGCUCAAGGCAGGUGGUGUUGUGUUGCCCAUGGGCGUGCAGCAGCCGUUGCCUCGGGUGCAGACUAUCAUCACUGACACCAAGGCACCUAUCAUCCUUGUCGACGACAAACAGGUUGAGCGUCUUGCAGGCACUGGCCCUCGUCUGAUCAAAGUCGACACUGCACUUCAAGACACCCUCAAGCCCAGCACAGCUGUCUGCUCUACCGUGAACACCGACAACGCCGCUUGGGUAGUCUACACGUCCGGAAGUACAGGAACACCCAAGGGAGUCGUUCUUCAGCAUUCAGCUCUGUGCUCUAGUAUCCGCUCACACGGCGACGCGUUCGGUGUACGAGAUGGAUCAAGGGUUCUUCAAUUCGCGUCGCAUACCUUCGAUGUCACCAUUCAAGAAGUCUUCACAACGCUCUGCCAAGGCGGAUGUACCUGUAUUCCCUCUGAAGACGAGCGCAUCAAUCACUUGCAGUCGUUCAUCGCCAAAGCAGAAGUCAACUUCUUGUCUCUCACCUCGACAGUCGCAGGCCUGUUAGACCCCGCGCAGCUCCCUCUCGUCAAAACAGUCAUCCUCAUGGGAGAGCCCGUCAAGCCAGCAGUCAUGGACUUAUGGAAAGAUCAAGCCAUCGUGUUGGAGUCAUACGCGCCCUCAGAAUGCAGUAUCUACGCCACAGUUUCCCCGCGACCCAUGAAGCACAUCAGCCAAGUUCCCGUGCUGGGUAUCCCACUAGCCAGCUGCUUCUGGGUCGUCGAUCCAAAGGACUUCAACCGUCUUGUACCCAUUGGAGCACCCGGCGAGUUACUCAUCGAGGGGCCACUCUUAGCACGAGGCUAUCUCGGCGACGAGGUCAAGACAGCUAAAUCCUUCCUUAUUGACCCUGACUUUACCAAGCAUCAUGGUCUUCAGCCUGGAAGAAGGAUGUAUAGAACAGGCGAUCUCGUCCGACAAAACAGCGAUGGUUCGUAUACCACGCUAGGCCGAAGAGACACACAGAUCAAGAUCCGUGGUCAACGUGUUGAAUUUGGUGAGAUUGAAUACUGGGUCGUGCGCUCAGCACCUGAGAUCUCACAAGCUGCUGUUAUGUUGCUCGAUGGCCCUGUCGGUCAAUCUUCAGUGCUGGCUGUAGCGCUGGAGAUUGCUGAUGGUGGGGAGAAUAGCGCUGUGGAUAAUAACUUGCAGGGCUUGUCGCAGGCUGAUUUACUGGAGCCUACCAUCGCCAUGCGAGAGUCAUUUGAGGAGGUUCGAGGACAUCUCAUUUCUGUUCUUCCACGAUACAUGGUUCCGGAGAUCUUCAUUCCCAUGUCGCGCUUACCUCUAAAUUCCUCAGGCAAGUUGGAUCGCCGAGCGAUUGACUUGUUCUUGAAGGGUAUGAAGCCAGAAGAGCUGGAUGUAUACCGUCCCAACGCAGCAGCCAAGGCAGACGUAUCUACCGAGACCGAACGACAACUCCAACAGCUCUGGGCCAGCGUUCUCGGAAGACCUGUCAAUACUGUCGGAGCCAAAGACAGCUUCUUCCAUCUCGGCGGCGACUCAAUCACCGCGAUGCGCCUCGUUGAAGCAUCCCGCAGCACAAACAUGCUCCUCCGCGUAGCCGAUGUCUUUGAACAUCCUCGCCUCUCUGAACUCGCAACCGUUCUGGACUCCCGAAUGGCCGAUGGAAACGGCCAAUCAUCGCUAGAGUCAACCCCGGCGCCAUUUUCUCUCUGGCCCGAACACGGUGCCGGGAAAGAAGUGGGUCUUCGUGCCGAGAUUGCGGAGCGAUGCGGUGUCAUGGCGGAGCAGAUUGAGGAUGUCUAUCCUUGCACACCACUUCAAGAGGGAUUGCUUCUUACGACUGUUCGUCAACCUACCGCUUAUAUCAGUCGAAGAAUCUUCUCUUUGAGUGAUGAGAUCAACGUGUCGCGACUCCAGGCUGCUUGGCAGAAGAUGGCCGAAGCGGCACCUGUUUUGCGAACCCGUAUCCUGUUGGGUCUUACCUCUGGUUCAGUGCAAGUUGUUGUGAAUGAACCACUUGAAUGGCACACUGCGUCUUCACUUGAAGAGUACAUCGACCACGAUAGUUCAUUGAGCAUGACAGAAGGCAAACCUCUCAUGCGCUUCGGUCUCAUCGAGUCCAACAACGGCGAGCGUCUCCUCGCCUGGACCGCCCAUCACAGCGUUUACGACGGCUGGAGCUUAACCAUGAUGUACCGCCAAGUGUCCAGCAUGUACUGGCACGAAGCAACACCAGUAUCAGCACCAUACACGCCUUUCAUCGCCUAUCUCGGCCAAGCCGACACUACCACAGCAGCGACGUACUGGCGUGAGCAGCUUCAGGGUAACCCAACUGCAUUCCCUGCUCUACCUUCUGUGCGAUACCAGCCUCAGCCGCGACAGAAACUUGUGCAUAGUCUUGACUUUGUUCGACAAGGAAAGUCCGAGGUUUCGCUGUCGAAUUUGCUUCGUGCGGCUUGGGCGCUUAUGGUUGCGCAGUAUUCUGGUAGCAAUGAUGUUGUUUUUGCGGUGACGCUUUCUGGGCGGAAUGCGCCUGUGCAUGGCAUCACUGAUAUGCUGGCGCCUACUAUCACCACUGUUCCUGUGAGGGUUUGCGUCAGUUCAUCUACCACCGCUCGCGCGUUUCUUCAAGAGGUUCAGCAGCAGGCAACAGACAUGAUACCAUUCGAACAUACUGGUCUCCAGCGCAUUGCAGAACUUGUACCCGAUGCUGCCGCAGCUCUUGAUAUGCAGCAUCUCUUUGUUGUUCAACCUGCUGCCGAUAGCGAAGAGGCAUCGGUUGAGUUCCCUGGUCUUGUUCAACGACAUGACAUGUCAGAGCAAUUCGAUGACUAUGCACUUACAGUGGAGUGCAGCAUCGGUUCAAAGGGCAUCUCAAUUGAAGCUCGAUUCGACGAUGCAGUCGUUUCAACAGCCCAGAUGCAGCGCAUGUUGCAGUCUUUCGCUCAUAUCGCCAGUCAAUUGGAGCAAGCUGAGAAUGCCACUGAAACCACCAAAAUUUCCGACAUGGACACACUGAGUCCCCAAGACCUGGAUCACGUCCUGUCCGUCAACAGUGGUCCCAUCGCUAGCGUCGAGCGCUGCGUACACGACCUCAUCCUCGACAUGGUAUCCCACCAACCCGAUGCAACAGCCAUAAGCGCAUGGGAUGGCACACUCACCUACAAACAGCUAAAGCAACUCUCCGGCAAACUCUCCGACCAUCUCGUCAGUCUCGGCGUCCGUCACGGCACCAGUGUGGGCGUCUGCAUGAACAAGUCUCAAUGGGCUGCCAUUUCCAUGCUGGCCAUCUUGCGCGCCGGCGGUGUUGUUGUUCCUCUGGGUGUACAACUUCCUCUUGGACGUAUCAAGCUCAUUGUUGAUGAUGCCAAGGUCGGUGUUGUGCUGGCUGAUCAGAAGCAGACUGAGCGAUUGGCUGGUUUGAACUUGGACUUGUUUACUGUUGAUGAGUCGCUGCGUAAGCGGGUGAUUGUUAGUGACGUGGGUAUACCGGAUCGAUGGUACACUCGCGUUACUGAGAUCAAUGUCAAUCAACCAGCUUGGAUUGUGUACACUUCAGGCAGUACCGGUACACCAAAGGGCGUGGUCCUUACUCAUACCGGUAUCUCGUCUAGUCUGGACAGUCAGAAGAAGGUCUUUGGUCUGAGCACAACCUCUCGGGUGCUUCAAUUUGCCGCGCAUACCUUCGAUGCUGCGAUCCAGGAGAUCUUCACCACGCUGUCCGCUGGAGGAUGUGUCUGCGUGCCCUCCGAGGAGGAGAGGAUGAGCGACCUGCAGCAUUUCAUCAUCGACAGAGCAGUCAACUUCCUGUCUAUCACACCUACGGUCGCUGAGCUUCUCAAGCCAUCUCAGCUGCCCAACAUCAACACGGUGGUCUUGCUCGGUGAACCCGUCAAGCCGUCAGUUCUUGACCUAUGGAUGGAUCACCACGCGGAUAUCCUCGGCGGUUACGGCCCGACCGAAUGUUCUAUCUACGCCAUUGUGUCAGCGACUCCAUUCAGCGACAGGAAGCAAGCCAACGUCCUCGGCACUCCUCUACCCAGCUGUCGCCUGUGGCUUGUUGAUCCAGAUGACUACAACAAACUCUGCCCAAUUGGCGCCCCGGGCGAGUUGCUUAUUGAAGGUCCCCAGGUGUCGCAGGGCUACUUGAACGACGUGGCCAAAACAGAUGGCGCAUUCAUCACAGACCCCGGCUUUACAGCACGUUACGGCUUGGGCAGCGGACAUCGCAUGUACCGUACAGGCGACUUGGUUCGACAGAAUGACGAUGGAACGUACACCAACCUGGGUCGUCGGGAUACACAGGUCAAGAUUCGUGGUCAGCGAAUUGAAUUGGGAGAGAUUGAGUACUCAGUGGUACAGUCAUCCGAAGAUAUCAGAUCAGCGGCGGCUGUCUUCGUCAAGCGGGAGGAUAGGUCUACAAUUGCAGUAGCGGUGGAAGUCGGAGACGAAGGAGAUGGUGUAUUGGCUCCUUCGGAAACGCUACAGAAGGCGUCGGAACAAAUUCGCAUCAAGCUCGCUGAGGUGCUACCUCAGUACAUGAUUCCCGAUUUCUUUAUUCCCAUGGGUAAGUUGCCGGUGAACUCAUCAGGCAAGCUUGACCGUCGGGCGAUUGGUGCAGUGUUGGAGGAUAUGGAUGACAACAAAUUGGAGGAUUAUCGUCUUACGACAGGCGCUCAAUUGGUCCCUGUCGCAACAGACAUGGAGAAGAAGCUCCAGGAGCUCUGGAGUCAAGUGCUCAGAAGACCUGCGCCGUCAAUCGGCGCAAGCGACAACUUCUUCCAUCUCAACGGUGACUCGCUUGCUGCUAUUCAGCUCGUCGCGGCUGCAAGAGCAGUUGAACUUAAAAUGACUGUAGCUCAGAUCUUCCAGAGCCCUGUCUUGAGAGACCUUGCAAACAAUCUCGAACAAGCUACACACUCGCAUGAGACAACAAGCCAUCAUGUUGAAGGAGUCGACAAAGCAACACAAGAGACCAUCAAAGCUACGCUACCCAGCACCUUCAACGUCGAAAAGAUCCUCGAAACAACCGAAUUUCAGUCCCUCGUACUUCACCAACACACACAAGGUCGAUGGCUCAUGCACGCGACAAUCACAUACAACCAAAAAGUCGACAAGGAACGCGUCCACACAGCACUCCAAACCACAGUCGACAAGAACGAAAUUCUCCGAACAGUCUUCGCCCACCACGCUGGUAAAUCCUACCAAGCCAUCCUCAACAACUUCAUCGUUUCCUUCCAAGAACACAUCGCUUCCACCGACCUGUCCGACUUCUGCAAAUCGCUCGUAGAAGAAGACCAGAAGAACCAUCUUGAACUUCACGAGCCUCCGUUCAAGGCGUGGUUCGUGCAGGGCGAGCACAAGGACAGUCUUGUGAUUAGACUCUCCCACGCGCAGUACGAUGGCAUGUCGCUGCCGAUUUUCUUCCAGCAGCUUCAGGCGUGGGGUGAACCGGAUGUUGAGGUUCAUGAGGCGCCGCGACAGAUGUCGUAUUACAUUGACUCACUGAGGGCGAUUGAUACUCAGCCCGCGAUGAAGUUCUGGGGUGAUUUGUUGAAGGGUUCGAGUAUGACGAGUCUACCGGGAGCUUCGCAGACGAGAAAUGCUCUGACAGGCUCUUAUAUCGUCAAGACAGCGCCAUCUCCCAAGGUUGAAGGAUCAGGCCUCACGGUGUCAUCUUGUCUCAAAGCUGCCUGGGCAAUGGUCCUCGCCAAAGCAACUGGAACAUCCAACGUUGUCUUCGCACACCUUGUUUCCGGUCGCUCCCUACCAAUCGACGAUAUCGAAAAGGUCAACGGCCCAUGCGUCAACCUCAUCCCCAUCCGCGUCAACACGGCUCAAUCCCCAGCUACCAUUCUUCAACAAGUCCACCAACAGCACAUCUCAGCGUUGCCACACGAACAUCUCGGCUGGGAGACCAUCUUCCGCCAGUGCACAAACUGGCCUUCUUCCACAAACGUGCCUCGAUUCUCGUCUAUUCUUCAGUACCAAAACCUGCCGGAGGCACAAAAGAGCUUUGGCAUGCAUGGCGCUGAGUGUAGUGUUGACUAUACUGUUGUACCGCCUAACGUAACGGAUGUUUGGGUUACGGUUGAGCCAAAGGGUAGUGAGAUGAGUAUUGUGGCGGGAUACUCGGAGGAGGUUAUUGGUUCAGAGGUGGUCGAGGGUUUGUUGGAGGACCUUUGUGAAGUUUUGAAGGGGAUUGAGGCUUGA